GAUCGCAUUUCAAGCUUCUCAGCAGCGUCAUGUCGGAGUCUGCGGGAACGCAGUCAAUCCUCAACCUCAAUGCACUGCUCGACAAUCCCGUUUUCGCCGGAGGCUUCGGCCUCGCCUCUCUUGGGGCUAUCUUGGCAUUUGCUCGUCGCGGCGCAAUCUCUGCUGGUGGAAUGAUUCGACGCCGCAUGCUUGUCAAUGUUGAGAUUAGUAGACAAGACCCCUCAUAUCCCUGGAUCCUUGCCUGGCUGUCGCAACCCCGCGAACAAACUUCUUUUCUAGCGAAAAGACUGACCCGUAUCAACAAGCUAUCCGUUACGACGACCACUAGUGCGACUCCGAACGGCCCUACAAGAGCAAGCUUCUUCUUGCAGCCUGGAUAUGGCCGACAUAUCGUGAAAUACAAACAUGCGUAUAUCGCUGUGAAUAGGGAAAAGCAGGCAACAGCAAGGACGAAUACGGGUGAACCGCACGAGACGGUGGAACUUACUACUUUAUACGCGCAUCGACAUAUCUUCGAGGACGUCUUCACCGAAGCGAGAGCUCUGGCACUGCAGGCGAAUGAGGGAAAGACUGUGGUAUACUCCGUGAGGAACUUCGAUUGGGUCCCAUUAGGUGAGCCUCGAAGGAAGCGACCACUAGGCAGCGUGAUCCUAGACCAGGGAGUCAAAGAAGAUAUCGUAAAUGACGCAAAAGACUUCCUUGCGCGACGGCAGUGGUAUGUCGAUCGUGGAAUCCCGUAUCGCAGGGGCUAUCUCCUUUAUGGACCUCCUGGCAGUGGCAAGAGUUCGUUCAUUCAAGCAUUAGCGGGCGAGCUGGACUUCAGUGUUGCUAUGGUUAACCUAAGCGAAAUUGGAGUGACGGAUGAUAAGCUUGCUUUUCUCCUCACUAAACUGCCUGAACGGACUAUUCUCUUGUUGGAAGACGCCGAUUCUGCAUUCGUUAAUAGGCGGAAACGCGAUACAGAUGGGUAUACUGGCGGGACAGUCACAUUUUCUGGACUGCUGAAUGCUUUAGACGGGUUGUCCGCUGGGGAGGAGCGCAUUGCUUUCCUCACUACGAAUCAUGUUGAACUUCUAGAUCCCGCUCUGAUCCGGCCAGGCCGAGUUGACAUGAUGGUUCGCAUAGGUGAAGCUACAAAAUUCCAGGCUGUCCAGAUGUGGGAUAGGUUCUACGGUGACGUGGAUGUUGAUGGCAUUCACCGGGAGAGAUUUUUGAAUCGGCUUGAUCAGCUAGGGCUCUUCCGCGAGGCCAAGGAUGGGGAGCCAGUAUCUCGUACGAGCACUGCUGCUAUUCAAGGACUCUUCUUAUUCAACAAGAAUGAUAUGGAGGGCGCGAUCAAUAUGGCUGAGCAUCUCAUCCCACCAAAGUUGGAAGCAGAGAAGUAGGCCGCCCAAGUAUACAUCAUCUGUACAACAUUUAUAUGUGAUAUAUAAGAUACCCCGUCUAUUGACAAAUUUUACGAAAAUUCAACUUAAUCCCAUUCAGUCUUUUUUAGAUGAAGUCCGUGAGUUUCUUUUUGUAGGCUCUUUCCCCGAGAUGAUCAGUCGUCAAAUGCCGGUCUGAAGGAAUGUAAUCCAUGGAUUUGGUGGCGCUGUUAUGCACAGCCCUUCCGAGAUCCGAAUCGCAAAAUAAGAAAAGGACGCGAUGCACCUCUGCAGCUGCCUAUCUUACACAUCGGGCGCAUAUCCGAUGCUACGAAUUUACGAUUAUCUGCUUUCGCAGCUCGAUUUCCGAAGCUAUGGCUGCACCGAGCGCCGUGACGAUGCACAACCUCAGUGGCAUCUCUCAGAUGACGCAGAGCCGUGUUACAAGCUCCAGGGAAUGCCAUGGGCUCUCCGGAAGUUCCUGUCACUCGUUACUAUUACUAACAGAGUCACACAAACGAGCGACGAAAAAGGAUGUACUCGGA